UAACUUUAGGAUGUCGAUAGAAUAAACUACGAUAGAGUAUAACCAGUAUGGAUUUCUUGAAAGCUGAACUUGCUAGGAAAAAGGCACUGCUGGAAGAACGAGAGAAGAAGUUAGCAAACGGGAAGACAUACGUGAAGAGAAGUGAGAUAGAUAAGUACGAGACUGAGAGAUAUUUUGAACGUUGUACCAAACGUAAGAAGAUAUCCAGCGAAGAGGGGAAACACGAAGAUCAGGAUGAAGACAUUGCAGACGCUAAGGAAGUGAAGCCCUUGAUGGAAGUAGCUGAAGUGAUAAAACGGCUGAGGGAGAGAGGAGAGCCGAUCAAACUGUUCGGAGAAAUCCGAAGUGAAACAUACCAACGUUUGAGAAGCUUGGAGAUGAAGGAACCAUCUGGAUCAAAAUCACAAACUGAUUUUAAAUCAGCCAUGGAAAAGAUCGAUCAGGAAUACUUAAAAGCGAUGAUGAUGGAGCUGCAUGGUGAUAAAGUGGAAAGAAAAGCACUGAAAGUAUUAGCUAGUAUGGAUGAAAUGAAGGAAAUAUGUAAAGGUAUAGCGGACCCUGACGCAGAUAAAGAUAAGCUAUUUGGAUUAGUCAGACAAUUCUAUCGGUGGUUAUUUGACGUCUACGAGCAAACAGGCGAAAAGAAAUACAGAGAAAACGAAGGCGACCUCGUUGUCAAACUUGAACGCGCCAAAAUCAAGCAGGCGGAAACAUACAUCAGACCACUUUUCAAAACUCUCAAGAAGAAGACACUUGAUGAAACUUUAUUGCGAUCAUUCGGUGAGAUAGGUGGUGCUGUACUUGAGAAGGACUAUAUCGGUGCAAAUGAUGUGUAUUUGAGGACUGCUAUAGGUAACGCAGCGUGGCCCAUUGGGGUCACUAUGGUGGGUAUUCACGCCCGAACGGGCAGAGAAAAACUUUUCGCUCACAACGUAGCUCACGUACUGAACGAUGAGUUUCAGAGAAAGUAUUUGCAAGCUAUUAAGCGUUUGGUCACAUUUGCUCAGCGACAUUUCCCAACUGACCCUUCGAAGUGCGUUGAGUAUAACGCUUGAAGUUUUACCUAUUAUUUUACUCAUCAGAAUUUUUGGAUCAAUUGUCGGCCGAUCCAAUGACGCUGAUUCGAGAUUACUGAAUUGACAAUACUAAUACUAUCAAAUCCCUACUAUUUUUAAUCAGAAAAUGUAUUAUCAACUAAUCAAGGCCGAAAUAUGCGUAGCCGAACUCCGAAGAUGAUAUGAGGUGUUCUAGCAAAAAUUUUAAAAGAAUAUCACCACCUGAAAUACCACUUAUACAAAUCGCUAAAUCGCAUGAGUAUAUAUUGUUGUGUUUGAAGUGAUAUCUCAAAUUUGGCACACAGAAAGUCGCCCCAACUGAUUCAGAUUACCUGUCUUAUAGCCAAAUUAGUCAAAUCUGACUAAUUGUGAGAUAUUUUCUUGUUCGAAGUGAUAUCACACAUUUUGAUCAUAAAAAUUUACCCAAACGUGCACAUAUUGCCAUUCUUGUACUUAUCUUACCAUCCGGAAAGUUUGAAGGAAGUCUCACAGUAUGAUCUGGAAGAAAUUAUUCCAUGCAAUUGCAUAAAACGCUUGAUUUUCGGCCCUGUAAUUCGGAACCGUACAUUAAACUAAGAACUUGAGGUAGCGCGCGAGGACAUUUUGCUGUAUGAAGUUUUGUUAUUUUCGCGCUGCACUUAUUUCUAAACUGUUUGCGUUAAGAACAUACGUGUACCAGUUUAAAAUUAAUUAAUUAAAAUAUGUGUUUCACAUGGAUGCGACGAUAUUUUAAUAUUUAUAAUGAUGGUUUACACAGGCAUUUGUAGAGGAGAUUUGCACUAGUGAUUGUAACAGCGCUGCCACAUUUGGGGGUCCCAUCUCAAUUUAACGGAGUAAAAUACGGAAGUACAGAACUUGUUAAAUUAUUGAGAAGAGAAUGUUAUCACUGCCCCUGGAUACAGUACGUGCUAUUCAGAUGUUGCGCUAGAUGUUACUAUAUAUAACUGUAUAAGUAUUGAGUUGUGAAGUCUUUGACGUGAAUCGUUAGGAAAUGAGGUACUUUGAGGCACUUUGAGGCUUGAGGCAAGUUGCUUUUGCCAUAUAACUCGAUAUUUUUACUCUAUAUUUACUUUCAUUCAUGUUUAAAUUUGUGACGGCUUGAAAACUGUAAAUCUCAAUUGACAUAAAGCAACAGUAA